GCGGUGUUACUCAGUACUGAAGUACGGUGACACCUGACACAUCUCUUUCACUCACAGAGACCCUUGAGCAGAGAGCAGGAGCCUUAAGCAGAUAGAGGUUUUAUGAUUGUUUGCAGAUUUUACUUGACCAGACGAAGACAUGGAGGAUAGAUACGCAACUUUUGGGGAGUACGUCGUCCAUAGGGAAGUCCUGGAUGAGUCCCGCCUGGAUGUGGUGGCCCAAAAAGGGACAUGGUCCACCAAACCAACCGCUGGUGAACAGAUGAAAGACAUGCUGAGGUGCUCCGUGUCUCGAGUGAAGGACGUGCUGCUGACCUGGAUUCCCAUUCUCUCCUGGCUGCCUAAAUACCCAUUUCGAGAAAAUAUCUUAGGUGAUGUGGUGUCUGGCUGCAGCGUGGGAAUCAUGCAUCUGCCACAAGGUAUGGCAUAUGCUCUCCUGGCCUCUUUGCGCCCCGUGUUGGGACUUUACUCCUCCCUCUUCCCGGUGCUGGUCUACUGUGUCUUUGGCACCUCCAGGCACAUCUCUGUUGGUACAUUUGCUGUGGUCAGUAUCAUGGUUGGCAGUGUGACAGAGAGGCUUGCACCUGACAGUAACUUUAUUGUAAACGGCACCAAUGGGUCAGAGAUUGUGAACUUGACUGCAAGGGACUUGUAUAGAGUACAGGUAGCGUGUUCCCUCACAGUCUUGGCUGGAAUCUUUCAGAUCCUGCUGGGCUUGGUGAAGUUUGGUUUCAUGGUGAUGUACCUCUCCGAGCCGCUAGUUCGAGGCUACACCACAGCAUCGGCGUGCCAUGUGUGCGUCUCUCAGCUCAAAUGCCUGUUUGGAGUCAAACCGGCUCGCUUCAUUGGCCCAUUCUACCUUGUUUAUACUGUGGUGGAUAUUUGCAGACUUCUUCCUCAGACGAAGGUCCCGGAGCUGUUGGUCAGCGUGGUAGCUCUUUCCGUUCUCAUCGUUGUUAAAGAAAUCAAUGAUCGCUACAGACAGAAGCUACCAUUACCAAUCCCUAUAGAGCUUAUAGUUAUCGUCACAGCAACAAUCAUAACCCACUUUUGUGGACUCAACAGUGAAUAUUCAAUUGAUGUGGUUGGAGAGAUUCCCAGCGGGCUCAAGCCCCCUCAUGCUCCUGACACCACACUCUUCUCACAGAUAAUCGGCGAUGCUUUCGCUAUAGCCAUCGUUGGCUAUGCCAUCAACAUUUCACUGGGCAAAACGUUCGCCCUCAAACAUGGCUACAAGGUGAACAACAAUCAGGAGUUGGUUUCUCUUGGUCUCUGUAACACCAUCGGUGGUUGUUUCCGGUGUUACGCUGUGGCAUCCUCAAUGUCUCGAAGUCUUGUACAGGAGAGCACCGGCUGCAAAACUCAAAUUGCUGGGAUGGUCUCCUCCGUUAUUGUGCUCAUUACAGUUUUGAAAAUUGGCUCCUUGUUUGAAGAUCUCCCCAAGGCAGUUUUAUCCACAAUCGUGAUUGUGAAUUUGAGAGGAAUGUUCAAGCAGUUUACGGACAUGCCCAUGCUGUGGAAGUCCAACAAGGUUGACUUGCUUGUUUGGCUGGUCACAUUCAUAAGCACCAUCCUCCUCAAUCUGGACUUGGGUCUGGCUGUCUCCAUCGGCUUUUCCAUGCUCACAAUCAUCUUCAAAACACAACUACCCAGGUACUCAAUCUUGGGCAAUGUACCAGGCACAGAGCUGUAUCUGGACAUAGAGGCCUACAAAGAGGCCAAAGAGAUCCCAGGAAUAAAAAUCUUCCACUCAUCGGGAACUAUCAAUUUCACAAAUGCUGAAAUGUACUUGGAGUCCCUGCAAGAGAAGAGUGGAAUCGACAUUGGAAAGCUGCAAACUGAGAGGAAGAAUCAAGAAGCCAAGCAGAGGCGAGAACAAGAAAAACAGAAAAAAAGAGAAAGGGAUGAAGCAAAGAAAAAUAGGCUAAAUAAGAAUAAGGAUAACCAGAAAGGUGUGGUUUUGAGCAUGGCAGACACAGAUUCAGACGUCUCUGGCAAAGGUCAAGUCAACUGGGGUUAUCGUUCCGACAAAGUCACAUCCGACUCUGAUUCAGACUCAUAUGAGGUCGUCACUGUGGAUUCAAAACAAGGUGAAGAUGGGAAGCAGAGUAGCUAUAGAUCUGGGACUCACAGCAUCAUUCUGGAUGUCUCAGUGACCAGCUCUUUGGACACAGUUGCUGUGAAGACGCUAAAAAAUAUUUUCAGGGACUUUGGGGACGUUGGUGUGACCAUCUAUCUAGCCGCCUGUCAAGCCUGUGUGGUGGAACAGAUGGAAAGGGCAAACUUCUUCUCCGAGUUCGUCCCCAAGAGCUGUUUGUUUGUGUCGGUUCAUGAUGCAGUUCUUCACAUUUUCAAGAAACUGGGACAGGAGAACAACGGCACUGAUCUUUUUUGUGAUACCAAAAUGUGACCAGGAGGGGUCGCAUUUUUUCCAAUUCACGCAAUCUUCAACCUCUCCUCCCCCUUUGCACGUUUCACCGCUCUCCAUUGGCUGCCACUGUCUCCUCCCCUCUCAUUCACCAGGAGAGAAUGAGCCACCUUGACAUGGCGGCCGGUUGCCAAGGAAACACAGGGAUCUGUUGCCUUGGCGACCAGCUUUUUAUGAUAUGGUAUAAUGAGAUGGCCAGGAAUACGUCACUGCGGCUCUCUUGCUGUGUGGUGUGGAGUGUUUGAGAUGGCGGAGGGUGGGGGAUGAGUGGGAGAAUGUAACGCAGGACUAAUGAGAGUCUGUAUUUAUGGCAUCCAUGAGAGGGAGCAGAGAACGAGUGGAAGGCUGGGGGUAAAGAGAAACUUUUGAAAAGGAAAGUAUAAUAUCUGCCAGUCAUUUGUGAAUAAUGUGACCACAAAAAAAGCGUACUUGCUGUUACAUUCAAACAAAGGGGCAGCUUUAAACAAACAAAUGGAUGUACUUAUAUCUUAUUCACAAGUCAGAGAAGUCAUAACUUUUAGCUUAUUUCUAUAAACUGCUAAUGUUGAGCUAGCCAAGAGUUCAACGGCACAUAGAAUAGAAUGCAGUAAAUGAUCUGGUUUUUUCUCAUUUUUUUCUGUUUAUUUUUGAAGAUGUUUGUUAGGUGCAAUUGCAUGUUUAACCUACUUUUAAAAUACUGAUCAGACAAGCAAAACAACAUGACUUCCUUGCCACACCCAUGAGAUGAAUGAUCAACUUGCAGAAAUCAUUAAUAAGUCACAGAUUUAUUUUUUUCUUCUUUUCCUACAACUGCAAAGGUAAUAAAAGGAUAGCGCUCGCUGUUCUGAAAUGGGGUCUUUUGGAUCUGCUAGCAGGCAGUAUCUUACUUGCAGUUGUUUCAAUGUGGAUUUCCUGUCAUGUUUGCAUGGUAUGUUUAUACAGACAUUUACCUCCAAACUCAACAUAUCCUUAGACAUAUUCUUAAUUGAUAUUUAAAGUCAAAUAAUUUAUUCUUAUUUAGCCAAAAACAUAAAAAACAUAGAAAAUAGCAUUUUUG